CGCCCUCUCGCGCACGUGUUUGUCUGUUUUGUUUACAGCAAACAAAACAGAAAACAGCUGAAUUUACCCGAAAAAUAGUGUUAUAUUUUUACGUUUCGUUCAUUUCCCUGUGCAAUCUUGUAAUUUGUACAGAUUUGUACCAUGGUGCUUUCCAAAAAUGCCGAAAAGAAGAUUCACAAGAAAAUCAAGCGCUGCCAGCUGCUGAUAUCACGUGAAAUCGAUCUCAAGUUCAGCGAUCUCCCGACCGAGUGCGUAGUAAUCUGCAACGCCGGAUUGUCCACCGGUCUCCAGCAGGAGGUGCUCCUCGACGAGAUCCUUCGCCAUGGGACGACCGUGGAGGAUAUCGUAUUUCCAGCCGGUAAGUCGUACUGCUAUCUUAGAUUUGGAUCAGUCCAGGAAUCGAAAACGACUUACGAAGCUAUGAACGGAAUAAGCGCCCUCGGGCAGGAUGGAUGCGUCCUGCUGAUGGCGUACUGUUUGGCACUUCCGGAACGGGGUUGUGAAUCAGAGGAGUACGCUCUUCCGCCGGGACUGGUGCUAAUAACGGAUUUCGUUGACGAGAGCUUAGAAGGGAAACUUUUGGGAGCGAUCGAUUGGGACCAGGAAGAGGAAACAAACGGUAGUAUGAAGCAUCGUAGCGUAAAGCACUUCGGUUUCGAGUUCCUAUAUGGGACGAACAACGUGGAUCGCAGCAAACCCUUGGAACGGAGGAUUCCUUCCGUGUGCGACGAGCUGUGGGUGAAGCUGAAAGCGCUCCAUCCGGAACUCGGGUGGCAUGUUCCGGAGCAGAUGACGGUCAAUCGGUACGAACCGGGACAGGGCAUUCCUCCGCACGUUGAUACGCAUAGUGCGUUUAAGGAUCCGAUAAUUUCUCUUUCUCUGGGCAGCGAUAUCGUGAUGGAUUUCCGGAACACAGAAGGUAGACACUUGAACGUGGAUCUUCCCAGAAGGUCUCUGCUGGUAAUGACCGGUGAAAGCAGGCUGGGAUGGACCCAUGGUAUCACGCCUCGUAAGAUGGACACUGUCCGCUUGAACAGUAGUCUAUCCAUCCGGAAACGUGAGCUCAGAGUGUCGUUUACGUUUCGUAAGCUCAACGAUGGCCCUUGUCGGUGUCAGUUUAGUUCCUUGUGUGAUACCUACCAGCAGGAAUCCAAGGAAAGAGCCGAUCGGAUCAAAGAGAACGCUGCCCAGCUGGAGUUGGAAAAUGUCCACAAAGUCUACAACGAAAUAGCGAAACACUUUAGCGAAACAAGACACUCGCCAUGGCCGCGAAUCGCCAAUUUCCUUGAAUCGCUUAAUCCCGGAUCUGUGCUGGUAGAUGUCGGAUGUGGCAAUGGCAAGUAUCUGGGCCUCAAUCCGCACGUCAUUGGUUUGGGAUGUGACCGAAGCGAUGGCCUUCUCAAGGUUUGCACCGAAAGGGGAUUCAACGUGGUGCAAUGUGACUGCCUUGCGUUACCUUUCAAAUCAAACUGCGCCGAUGCUUGUAUCUGCAUUGCCGUAAUUCAUCAUCUGGCAUCGUUGGAACGUCGAAUGCAAGCCAUCCAGGAGAUGUGUCGGAUUCUGCGUCCCGGAGGCAGGGCUCUGAUCUACGUGUGGGCCAAGAAUCAGGAGGCCAACGCCAAAAAAUCCAGCUAUCUCCGCCAGAACAAACAGAACAAUAAGCCAACAUCGCAGCAGAACCGACCGGAGAAGAUUCCGGAGCCGAUCGAAGGGGACACUACGUUGCCGGUGCACACCAAUCGGACGCAGUUCCGGCACCAGGAUGUGUUGGUUCCCUGGAAGCUGCGUGACGUCGAACGGCAGGAGAAGGAAACGAAGGUAACUUUUCUGAGAUAUUACCACGUGUUUGAGGAGGGCGAACUGGCGGAAUUGUGUGGGAAAAUUGUGGGAAUCAGCGUUGAGGAUAGUUAUUACGAUCAGGGCAAUUGGUGCGUUAUUUUUAGGAAAGAAUGAACGACUUUGUUGAGUUUAGUA